AUGGGCUUGAAACAAAUCAACUCUUUGAGGUCCGGGUUAAGUUACUUUUGUUAAGAAGAUGGAAAAUCUUUAACAACGGCGAAAGGGAGGUGAAUAUGCCGAAAAAGUGUAUUUGCGAGAUCUGUACUUGCGGGUAAGCAUCUUUGAUUCAAGUCAGUGCGCGAGCCUGAUCGUUCUUCUCUAAUUCCAUUCCUUGUUCAAGGAUGCGUCUCUGUUGCUACUUCAGCAGAGUGAUUGUUUAACCUCUCUUUGAUUUCCCUUCUACUGUGGAAGAAAAUUUUCAAGGUAUAGAGAUAAAAGGCGUAAUUUUGACGCCCUUUUACUCCAUAAUGAGGGAUUGGAAAACCCAUUCAACAGAGAUCUUCAGCUUUUAAAAUGUGGCGAAUUUUGGUGUCUAUGUGCGUAUUUGUUUUCUUCAAAAACCACUUCAUCAGCUCGUGAUCCCAUUCAACAAAAAGGUAUAAAUUCUUAUAGCCUUAUGAAGUGGCUUCAAUUUGAGGCAAUUGGGUAAGCAUUGCUCCAUAAGUUUUAUUACUGGAAAUUUGCUUCGAUUGUCGUGUGCUUCUAAUUAUAAUUAGGAUGUGCAUUCGAUUUCGGAAGUGUCGAGAAUAACAUACAGCUGUAUCGUUAUUGUGUUUAUUUAGAGUACGCGCAGCCGGUUUCACCGAUUUCUUCUCUAUUUUGUAGGCUUUGUAUAAUCGAUGAACAAUGUAUUCAUGUGGUGAGCCGUGCGAAAAAUGGCUAUGCUUGUGUGACUUGUGUCUUGUGAAGGACCUUCAGACAACCUGAAUGCCAUUGUUAUGUUUGUUGCUUACAGAAUUUAUGUUUUCAAUAUUUUCUAAUUCCCAGUAUUUAAGAUGAUAAAGUCAGCUUUUAUUUACGAGUGUAGACAAUUUAAUAGAGUUAUGUUCCAGUUAUCGGAGAAAGUCUGACUUAACCAAGCAAGAAAAUAGCAUAGCGAACUCCUUGGAGAUAUCGAUUCAUUUUCAAGGUGCAUUUUCGUCUCCUGUAAAUUGAGAAGCUCGAGCUAAAGACUACGAAAUGUCUAAUUUUUUUUUCGCUUUGAAAACUAUCACUGAAGAAUUCGAAUUUUGUUUAAAAGUAAGAAGUGAAGGGGAAAAACGACACUGACAGUAGAGGUGUGUCUAAGAUAACAUCUGUAAUCCAGUUGAACAAAACCCAGCGCUCACCUUACUAGUAAACCAAUAAGUAUUUUUUGAAAGCUGUAGAUCGCAUUUUGUCUUAGAUAACUGGCGAAAAGCACGUACAUUUGGCAAAAUACUUGAAAUAUUUUGCAAAUCACUUUGCCAUAAAUGUAGGUCCAUAAAAUACAAGCUUCUCUGAGAUUCCUCUAAUAUCUUACAUUUAUUAUAAUGCCUAUGUUAAAGUCCAUUUAAACCUUAAUUAAACAGUGCUCAAACGUGUGUUUUGGUAUCACUAAGUUCAUAGUUGGGGAGCAAAAUAAUUUUAUGUCAUAGCUGAAGUCAAAUUUAAGCAGCAUUUUUUCAUUAUUUAUGUGUACUCAUUGUCUGCUUUGAAGGAAAGAAACUGAUCUCAGAAUGAAAAGGAACUCAAAGAGUAUUGAAAUCAAAAUGGUUAAAAAAAUUUUAACAAAGGAAAAAUCUAUGUAUUCUUUAUAAGUUAUGCUUGUUGUUUAGUUUCGUCAUUUGCAACACUCUAAAAGUUAGCGACAACAAUGUUGUGGUUUCCCCUUCAAUGUAACUAGGGUAAAACCUUGAUUAUCUGGACACAUAGGGACUUGGUUGAAUAGUUCAGAUAACCCAGAGACCAAUAAUAAAUAUAAAUGAGCCAUUUAAUCCACAGAGCUCUCAAGUUGAUUUUCUGGCAAAGAGUGAGACACAGCAUGCAUUCUUACUUAGGGGAGUAGGGUACAGGGACAUGCUUUCACCAAAUUUGGGAAACAUGUAGAAGCUAAAACAUUAAUUCCUUUAUUCUCUGAGAAAAUUUCCACAGUUGGAAAGAGUUCUAAGCAAUUACAAUGGGAACAAAGAGUAAAUUAUAUUUAAAAGGACAAAUUUUUUAGGCUCCUUACUGUAGCAGCAGGUUACUUUCUCAAAAUCAACAGUUCAAAUCACAAGCAUUAUAAAUGUUUGAGAAAUGUUGGCUUCAGUGGGAAAGUGUAAGAUUGAAUUGGUUUGCCUAAGGGUUGAAGGAUCUCAAAUCAUUAUGCAUUGUUGCCAAAAUUCACCAUAAUAUUUACAAAACUUUAUGGCACCAAUAUUUUAAUUAAUUGAUUUUAAUUUUAAUUAAUAUUUGCGAAAAAAUGGGACCAGGAAAGUGAGUCAGGAUACAUUAAAAAUCUGGAUAAUUGAGGUUUGACUGUACUUUAAAUAAGAGAGUUUUCAUGGAAAAGAGAUUGGGGUAUUGGUUUAUUUUACGAUCUUUUGAACAAAUUGUCUUAGCCUUGGGUACAAAUUGUAGACAAGACAUUUCAUUUUUAAGUGUAUUCCUCUGAUUAGGAGUAUAGAUGGGUCCAAGUGAAUUGUCGUUUGACAAAAUACCUGCAAUUAACCAGCAAACCAUUACUGAGUGGCAAAACGUCUUUUUGUCUAAAGGCUUGGUGACCCCGACAUGCAUGUAGGUUCCAGCACAAUUUAAGCCACUCAACCGGAAUGAAGACUUCACCUUCAAGCCCUAUCUUGAAUUAUUUAUUAUGAUUAUUUAGUUAAAAGGAACUGUCAAUCCUCAAAAGUCUUAGAAAGUAGAAGUUACAUGUAAAUAAAAGCUGAGCAUUUCUUUGUUUUUUGGCAGGAUUGUGAAAUGAUUGGCACAGGAGAAUGAGAGAUAGUUUGCUAACAUAAAUCAGAGCAUCUCAAAUUGAAAAAUUCCAUAAGAAAGUUUGACAAUCAUCCAUUUUAUCUCAUUUUAAAAGAAAUCAUGUCUUAAGCUUGGUGAGCAAUAACCGAAAGGAAUUGAGAUGAUGCUAGUACUUUUCUUAAUAUUAGUCUCUUGUCUGCCUGGUCCAUUCUAUGGUUUUUUCUGAGCAUAUCUUCAGUGCAAGGCUUGCUUUAAGUGUGUGCUUUUACAUUUUAUCCACUCUCAUUCUUUUGAAUAAGGCAGCUUUUCUUUUAUUUACUGCAAUUGGGUGCUGUUUACUUUGACAGCCUUCCUUCCCUACCCAGUAGGGAACUAGUCCCUUUGGAUUCUUUCAUUACACCUAUACUUGUAAAUUUAAAAUGAUGUUAUUUGGCAAAGAACCAAGCCAGAGAUCAGAGAUUUAGAAAUCAUCUCAUAUUUCCUCACGUACUUUUUUUAAUCAAAAGAUUUGGUGUUGUUGAUCAAUGAACCAACCAACCUCGUCCCUCCAGAGGAUAGAGAUCUGGAAACGAAGUUCUGGGCCAACAUUGUGCUACAGAGGUUCAUCUAUUAGUUGAUCUCUCUUUUGUUGAAUUCACUGACUGAGAGCCUCCUAAAGUUCUCAAGUUCUAACAGUUUUUUCAAAACCUUACAUGGGUCAUUUACAUUCUCUAAGCCAACUUUGCAUUCUCUAUUAUCGGGUUUGUCACAUCCCUCUGGAAUGCGAGGGCGUGUUUUCUGUGCUCUACUUCACACCUUUAGUAGCUUUAAGUUGUAAUACUAAACCCACCUUUUUAUUUUCUUUUAAUGCAUUGAAAAACUAAAAAUGCUCGUUCCGAAAACGGAGAUUUCUCUCUUCGCAUCUGUUUAAUUUUUCUGAUAGAUAAAGUAAUUUGUUCAAUUUUCGAAUUAUUCAUUCAUUUAACUCUGAAAUUACCUAUUAAUUCCACAGACGCCAUCGUUGCCCACAUGAAGGCGCCUCUCCAAAUCGGAUCAUCAACAAGUCAACUCAGGAAAGAUGCCAUGUGACCUCGGAGUACAGAACAAGUUUUCAACCAGGGCAGCGUACAAGGGGACCUUUUCGUCGUCCAGUGGAUCUACUCCAAAACAAAGGCAACAUCGAUAAAGACACCACCCAAAAGGCUGACUACAUUCCGUUCGAGGUGAGACCUCCAAAGAAAAAGGAGGCAGAAAAGUACGUACCCAAUCCAAACCCCUUUGAAACAGUUUCGGAACACAGAGAUCACUACCGUGGAGUACGUGCCAUACCAGCCAAGAUCCCUCCAUAUAUCCGUGGAGAGACGAUGCGUGCUCCCUCAGCCAAGGUGGUUUAUAAAUCCAUUUCCCAUGACGAUUACAAAGGCUGGAUUCCCCAAGUUCACCGUGUAGUACGAAGUAACUCUUACGCUCCGCCUGCCGACCCCUUCAAAGAAACAUCAAUCCACCGACAGGAUUACCAACGGUUUAAUCAGCCACCACGCCCUACGGCGCGUCAGCCCGACAAGAUCAAAUACGACGGUCCAAUUUCAUCUGUCACCCAUUACAGGGUGGAUUUCAAAGACAAGGAGAUACCUCAGAGAUACGAGAGGAAGAAAGAGGAGCGGGUGCCUCCUGAAGAGCCUUUCAACAGUAAUUCAGUGUUCAGGGAGGAUUUUGUUGAUUUUCGUGGAGCGCCUAAAGCUCCCAUGUUCCACCCUGUAAGUGAUUUAUUUAAGAGUUCUGAGCCUAUGCAGCUUGAGACCACGAAAAAGGAAGAUUUUAAGAGCUGGGAGGUGUCACCAAGGAAGCAAAAAGAGCCCGAGAAGUACAAAACACCUGAGGGAGCCAUGGACUGUCAGACUACACAUAUGGACUACGCCAAUUUCGGAAGGAAAGCUGUGCCAGCAAAGACCGCGAGACCACGUACCAAGCUGCGAUUUGGACGAGAGGAAACACUUGAUGACAAGACUAACUAUGGCCUCAGUUUUAAAUGGUUUUACGAGCCGGUUGUGCACUCAAAGGGCCCAGGAAUCAAAAACGAGAUUUUCCCGCCCAUUCAGGAAAAGGUCCCUGAAAAGUCUGAAUUUCUGGAUAAAUACAAGAGGUUUAAUGUUGUGCCUCCAAAGAUGUUCCGUGACCGUAGCGCCCUUUUUAAGACCUCCGAGGCUCUAGCCAAGGAUACAGUGUAUGACGACGAUUAUGUUUGGCCCCGAGUCAGUUGCCCGUCAGAUGCUCUUUUUAAGGGCACAGGAGAUUUUGUUUUUGAUCACGAGACUGAAACCGGCCACAGAAUGUUUCAGACAAUCUCUGAAAAUGUGCGCAGCAAUGACAUAACAGUUUCAUAACAUAAGUAUCAGAGUGAGUGUUAUUUCUAAUUGUUGAUAGUCAAAUGAAACAACUUGUCAGAGUGAUUUUUGUAGGAUGAAACAAAAAUUAGUUUUCGUAACGAAUGAAUCUGUCUACUGCACACAGCUAGUACAAAAAAAAAUUCUGGGGACUCAGAAUCAAAGGAGAGCUUUUUAACCCUUUAACUUCCAGAUCAAAUUUGUCAUUCUCUUUACCGUCAACCAUACAAUUCUUAUAAUGUUAGUACAGAGAAUUUAGUAUUGGAUCAACUAAUUAUCUCCAAAGUGACAUUUUUCUUUAUUCUCAUCACUCAUCUUGUUAAUAUUGUAUUGGUAAUGUAAGGAGAAAUUCUGUCUUGGUCACUCAUGGGAGUUAAGGGAUUAAAACAUGACAAUCAUGCAAGGAAAUUUAAGAACUCUGUUGUUCAUUGUUUCGUGCAUACCAAAAAAAAAAGGAAACCGGGAAAGCUUCUAUGGAGGUAAUAACAUCAAAUGCAACCGUAUACAUACUAAAUUUUUUGUCAUUAGUAUUUAUUUUAUUCAAAUUUUUUUACUUGGUUAACCUUUGAAGAGGAUUGGAAAGAUUUUGCACAUUAAAAGCUGAUAUUUUCAACAAUUAUGUCAUCGAUUAUUUGUACCAUAAAAAAUGCGGAGUUGGUCCGUGGGUAUCGGGAGAGAAUGUCGUAGCCGGAAAGAAUACAACUCCAUGCCCAUACAGGCAAUUGGUAGAUCUUCAUUUCUACGUAAGAAUUGACGCAAACUAGUAAAUGG